AAAGCCGUUUGCUUGACUGCGCGGGCUUUGGACCUGAUUUCCAGUAUUGCAUUGAUUGAGCGGGUGGAGUCCAUCUGCGACGAUCAGGACCGGCCGAGAGGCGUGGCUUGUGGCCUGAGGCAGAGAUGGCUAGGUGCCUGAGGAACAAGGAUUCAAUGAUUGCUGCGCUUAUCGUUAUCAGGACCCCGCCUUUUUCCCCCUCCAUACUAGCUGGGAUAAUCGGGAUGUUGUUAUGAUGGCGCUAAGGGAUUUGCGAUGGUGCUUCCUUUCUAGCGUCCGGUAGAAAUUGUCAAAUCACUGCGCGUGUUAAGCCUGUUCAAUCUGAUUUCUGCUCCAUGAUGUCCAUCACAAACAGCUUCCCUACCCCGGCUGCUCCCAAGGAAGUCGACGUCCUUGUGGUGGGAGCGGGGCUCAGCGGGCUGCGCGCAGCCUUGGACGUCCAGGCAGCUGGGCUGUCCUGUAUUGUCGUUGAAGCCAUUGAUCGCGUUGGCGGCAAGACGCUCUCUGUGCCCUCGAAGCUCAACGGUCCUGGGGUCAACGAUAUUGGCGCGGCGUGGAUCAACGAUACGUCACAAAGUGAGAUGUACGGCUUGCUUAGGAAGUACGGUCUCCAUGGAGAGAUUCAGAGGGCUGAGGGAAUGAGUCUGUCGCUGACUGCGGAGGGGGUCAUUACGCACCCUUAUGGUACCUUGCCAUUAGAUGAACACGAUCAAUUCUUGGUGGCUUCGGUCCUCCAAACUAUCCAAGGCCUGGUAGAUCAGAUUGACCUGGAGGACCCAGCGGCUGGCUCGAUCGGGACAGAGCUGGACGGUAUGUCCGCGAGCGAAUACUGCAGCAAGACAUUCCAGUCUGAUUUAGUGGUUGGCAUCGUGGAUACGGUCACCCAAUCUUUGCUCGGGGUCGAAGCGGCUUCGAUCAGCAUGCUGAGCUUUGUGCACUACAUCAAGAUAGCCACCGGGGUCGAUGCUGCCUUGUCUGACGGAAAGAAUGGAGGGCAGUAUCUCCGGGUUCGAGAGGGAACGCAGAGUUUCUCGCGAAAGAUGGCGGAAACACUCAAUCCAGGUACACUGUUCCUCUCAGCGCCAGUGACAUCUAUCGAGCAAUCCUCACAUACACGCAUCUGCACGGUCCGCACAUCGUCUCCCACAAACAGUACCUUCCACGCCAAGAAAGUCAUCCUCUCGAUACCAACUCCACUGUACCACAAGAUCUCCUUCGAUCCUCCUCUGCCAGAAGACAAGGCGCGCCUGGCAAGCAACAACAUCCUGGGAUACUACAGUAAAAUGAUAUACGUAUUUGACCAACCCUGGUGGCGCACAGCCGGCCUCUCCGGCGUCAUGGAGACCGACCUAGGACCAAUCCUCUUCUCACGCGACACUAGCAUCCCCGACGACGACCAAUGGUCCAUCACCUGUUUUAUCGUGGGCAAGCGUGGCCGGGAAUGGUCGCUGCUGUCGGCUUCCGAGCGACGUAGAACCGCGUGGGACCAGUUUCGCACUACUUUCGAGAGCGCUUCAGGACUCUCCGGGGAACUCAAUGUCCCUGAACCUAUCAAUGUUCUGGAGGUCGAGUGGUCCAAGCAGGAGUUUUUUGGCGGUGCGCCUUGUCCUGUUUCGCCGCCAGGUCUGCUCUCUUCUGUGGACGCCGCGGCUGCUCGGUGUCCGUUUAAGGGUGUUCAUUUUGUGGGAACGGAAACCGCGUUUCUGUGGAGGGGAUAUAUGGAGGGGGCGGUGCGUUCGGGGUUUAGAGGUGCGAAGGAGGUUAUUGAUCUUUUGAACGGGUAGUGACUGGGGUUGCCUUCUUGAGGACAACCUCACUUCUUCAGUUACUAUCCUGUAAAUUGCAGGAGACUUCCAUGGGCGGUUCUCGUAAUGAUCGCAUCGACAAUGAUGCCAAUGGACGCUAGCAAGU